ACAGUAGUGAGGAGCGUCGUUUGUAACGUCGUUUCCUCGGUUUUAAAGUGGCCCUUGUCAUUUUUCCAGACUGUGAAGACGUUUUUCAGAGACGAACCUGGAGCCAGUGGUCUGCCCGGGGGUUAAGGACUGACUCCCAGCUCCUCUCUCUCGGGGUUCAUCAGCAUGACAAAGCUCCGGGCGGUCCCUGGGGUCUGCCUGCCUGGAGCCCCAGGAUACCCUCACCUUGACUCGAGCCAUGCCCAUCCGAGGCACACCCAUAGCGCACUAGCAGAGGCAGGCGCCCUGCCCAGGGGCUCUGCGUCAACCGCGCUGAUGGAGAAGGCCCCGCCGCCGCCGCCGCCGCCGCCGCCGCGCCUGGAGCCCCCCGGCACCGUCUACUCGGACCAGGCGGAAAAGCAGCCGAGUUCCUGGGACCAAAACGCGAACGGCAGCGGAGGAAAGAAGAAAAACUACCAGCGCUACCCCAAACCCCCCUACUCCUACCUCGCUAUGAUCGCCAUGGUCAUCCAGAACUCGCCCGAGAAGAAGCUCACUCUGUCUGAGAUCCUGAAGGAGAUCAGCACUCUCUUUCCUUUCUUCAAAGGCAACUAUAAAGGCUGGAGAGAUUCAGUCCGACACAACUUGUCUUCAUAUGACUGCUUCGUCAAGGUGCUGAAAGAUCCCGGAAAGCCUCAGGGCAAAGGUAAUUUCUGGGCUGUGGAAGUUAGCCGGGUUCCUCUGGAGCUGCUAAAGCGUCAGAACACUGCUGUGUCGCGCCAGGAUGAGACCAUUUUUGCCCAGGACCUUGCUCCCUACAUCCUCCAAGGGCAAGGACACGCUCACACUCACAAACCUAAACCUCACCCGUCUGAACCUCCACUGCCUCAUGUUCCCACUCGCCACACUCCCCCUCCUCCAGAGGACCCUUACCGCCCCAAACUGGACUCAUCUUUUGCUAUCGAUUCGCUCCUCCACAGCUUUAGGCCACCUAGCACUGCUGGAGACGGGAUUAGGGCUAGAGACAGCUGGGGCUGGGAACUUCCCCCUCACGGCCGACCUACAUCUCCGCCACAUCCGCGCUACUCCUUGUCCAAUCGCAGUGCCUCAGCUAGCUCUGCCAGUCCUGCUUCGUCCUCAUCGGACGAGGACUGGAGAGGGUUUUCUCGUUUUGGUAAACGAGGAAGCGAUGGAGAGCCAGGCUCAGACGGAUACGAUGACUCUUGCCCACCGCCAAACAAAACCGGCAAACGUGGCUCAGCACCCCCGUGGGAGUUACCAACAUCUUACGCUAAAUACACCCCUCCCAAUGCAGUAGCGCCCCCUAGCAUGCGAUUUAAUGGGAAUCCAUUCAUGCCACUUGGGGGUAUUCCGUUCUAUGGCUAUGGCGGCCCACACGUUCCUCCGAACCACUUUAGCAGCCAUGCUUACUGGCCCCUCUUACCGAGUGGGCGUGUCUCGUUACAGGCCCCGCCCCUCUUAAUGGACUUGGACAGCAUGUUGCAGUCAGUUCCUCCCAAUAAAAGUGUGUUUGAUGUCCUCGGUGCUGCAAAUCAGAGUGUACACCCUCCCCCAAAUCAGUACUCCUUGCAGAAUGGACCUCCACUCGGCAGAUAUUCACAGUGCUAGUGCUGUUGAACUUUAUUCACACCAAGUUGGGACACAGUACGGCAGCUGUUUCCCUAAAGACAUUAACUGUGAUGCUGCUCAACUUUUACAUUCCAAAUUUAUGGACAGUAAUGCUUUUUACAGUGUUUUGUGCUGACAUUUACUGAACUUUCCGGUGGGUUUACGUCGGCAAUUUGAUACAAAAAUCUAUACAGCUAUAAGAAUCUACCUCAGUAUGACUGACUUCCCGGGAAAAAUGAAUGUAGGCCAAUAUGACCAAAGACUUUGCACUGACAGAGUUUGCACUGCUAUCUUUCUCUGUCCAUAUGCUUUUAUUCCUCUUUUUAAAUGUUUACUACCUCGACGUUUGAAUGUCUCGGAAAUGUAGUGUUCUCUUCAAAACCUUGUCAAUUGCAAGGUGUUCCGUAAACAGGGUAUGUAUUUAUGAUUUUUUUUUUUGUAUGUGAUUUUUCAAGAGGUGUGUGCCUACAUCGUCUCUUUAGAGAUGACUCAUGCUGCAUUUUUAAGAAGGAGUCUUGAGGGAUUAUUAAUUUAGCAUUUUGUAUAUUUUUGCAUAUAGCAGGUUGAACACUGAAUUUGGAUUUCUUCUAAGCUUGAGCCUGGCUUUUAUACUUGACAACCAUUUCCCUUUCAUGAGUCACAUGAUUGUAGUGAAUUUAAGUGUUAAUUCAACACCUAAUUUAGUCAGAACGGAUGAACAUAGUUUGACUUAAUUUUCCAACAAAAGCUAGUCCAAAUAAGGUUUUGCAAAGUUAGGACUGGAAUCUGGCUUGUGUUUGUUGGAACUGAUUAUUUUUCAUUACUGGUGACUGAUCAGCUGGUCUUUUUCUCCUGCUUGUCCACCAACCCCCAGCCUCCUCUGCUCCUCUGUAGUUCCACAUGCAUCUGCCUGUGCAUGUGGGGCUCAGAAGUUGGGAGUUCAGUGGGGGUGGGGGGCAGGGGCAGUUAAUGGCUUGUCAAUAGUCUGCAAUCUCCUCUGCCAUUCAAAGCUAUGCAGUGAAAGUUGUCUCCAAGUGGGCUAAGCUAUCUGUGCAGAUAGUUCUGAUCAAUUUAACUCCACACACUGCAGUCAUCAGAAGUUCUGGAAGGAUUUGGUGAAACAGGUUGCAUUUUCACACCUUUGUCUAAUCAAUGGCCACAAGACAGUCCUCUGUUAAACAGGCUCAACAGUGUUUUACCUUCCCGUUAAUGUGACUAACAUGACUGGAUGUCUAAAUAUAAAACGUCAAUGAAAAA